AGCGUCACCAGUGUUAUAUAAACCACUCACCUGCCUGCAGAGCUUCGUCACUGGAGCCACAGCCCAACGAAGACAGCCAAGAUGAAAGUCAAGGACAUGACAUUCAAGGAGGGGCAAGAGUUCAAGAUCCGCAUCAAGCCCAAGGACGACUGCGAAUCCUUUGCCAUCAACAUCGGUCAUGAUUCUGAAAACAUCGCGAUGCACUUCAACCCCCGUUUCGACCACUGCGGCGAUACCAACACCAUCGUCUUCAAUCACUUGUCCGGGGGAGACUGGGGUGACGAGCACCGUGAGGGGAACUUCCCCUUCACGCGUGGAGAGGAAUGCAAGUUUCACAUCAACUUCAACAGCGAGCAGUUUUACAUCAAGCUUCCUGAUGGCUCCAUGCUGAACUUCCCCAACCGACUGGGAGAUGUCAAGUACAAGUACUUCGACGUCAGCGGCAGCGCCAGGAUCGUCGGCAUCAAGAUCAAGUAGAAGUUCUUGACUCUUGACCUGUCCAGCUUUUUUUGUGUGUUGCUGUUUUAUACUACUGAGCCCAAGCAGCCUGGUUAAUUCAUCUUUUCUCCUGCUGAGGCUGAAAGUAACACUAGAGGUUUAUACCAACAGGGAGUGCUGAUGUUGUAAUGAGAGGGAAUGGCCUAAAGAGGGAGCCACAGCACAUUUUACCUCACGGUGUCUGCUUGACAUCUCAUCAGUCACUGGGUUUGUUAAUAAAUGCUGUGAAAAAAA